AGGGAGGGAGAGGGGAAGGAACCAUCAUAACAUCACAUUAAGAAUAUCAACACAGCGCCCCGGAGCUCCACAUCUGGGCAUGCCAGAGCGAGCGGUCGGCCGGGCGGCUCUGAGGAAGCGCUUCCUCCUCCUCCUCCUCCUCCUCCCGCUUCAUCUCCAUCUCCACCACCACCACCAUCUCCACCGCCUUGCUCCGCUCCUCGCCCCGCGUGCCGCCCGGGUUUCCAUCUUUUAGCUGCCUCUCAACGCUGGCAGAGAAGGAAGCCGGCGAGCGAGACAGGGAGGGAGGAGGAGGAGGAGGAAGAGGAGGAAGAAGAAGGGGCGAAGAGGAAGAAGGAGAAGAGGAAGAAGAAGAAGAAAAAGAAGAAGAGAAAGGCAGGGGAAAGCCCAAAGCCUGCCCUUCCCCCCCUUUUUUUGUUUUAUUUUUAUUUUUUCCUCCCCCAGGGAUUUAGUUCAUGGGGAUGUGUUCAAGGCAAGAGAGGAUUCAGAAGGAUAUUGACAUUGUGAUCCAAGCGUGCAAGGCGGAAAAGGACUGCCUGUUUGCAGAUUUCAGAUACGCCGAUUCCACUUUCACCUUCACCUACGUGGGAGGAUCCAAAAGCAUAUCCUAUUCAGUGCACGUCUCUGAGGAUUAUCCAGACAAUACCUACGUGUCCAGUUCAGAUAAUGAUGAAGAUGUAUUAGUUACAACAGAGCCAAUUCCAGUGAUUUUUCACCGAAUUUCUACAGAAUUACGAAAAACCAGUGAUGUCAACUGUUGUUUAUCCAUAAAAUCGAAGUUACAAAGAGAAAAUGGAGAGGAAUCAAGGCACAGCAGUGCAGUUGAAGAAGAUUCAGAAGGAGACAAUGACUCAGAAGAGUUUUACUAUGGUGGGCAGGUUAGUUAUGAUGGGGAACUUCACAAGCACCCACAACUGGAAGCUGAUUUGGCAGCCGUAAGAGAGCUCUAUGGGCCGAGUGCAGUAUCUCUCAGGGAAUAUGGAGCCAUUGAUGAUGUAGAUAUUGAUCUGCAUAUUGAUGUUAGCUUUCUUGAUGAAGAAAUUGCAGUGGCAUGGGAUGUAAUCCGCACAGAGCCUAUAAUUGUGAGGUUGCACUGUUCUCUCACACAAUAUUUAAAUGGCCCCGUGCCCACCGUUGAUGUAUUUCAGAUCUCUACUAAGGAAAGAUUUGGACUGGGGCAUCAGCUGAAGAAAAUCAUGCAAACAUUUGUUACACAGCAAUGGAAAAAUGGCAAAGAAAAAUUAAACAGUACGCACAACAAAAAACUGUCAGAGAAGAAAGUGAAAUCUCCCCUGCACAUCUUUUCUACUCUGCGCAGGUCGCCAAGUUAUCCUCCACCAGGCUGUGGGAAAAACAAAUCAAAACUGAAACCGGAGCAAGACGGCAUUUCCAAAACUCACAAGUUGCUGAGAAGGACUUGCUCGAGCACAGUUAAAGCUGAGGAUGCGUGCAUCACCAAAUCUCACAGGACUUUUGGUCGCUCACUAUCCAGCGACCCCAGGGCUGAACACACAAUGACCAUUAAGUCACAUAAACUCUUGAACCAUUCUUGCUCAGCUGCCAUCAAGCAGGAGGAGUGUAUCACUCUUAAGCCCCACAAACUGUUGAGUAGGCCAUGCUCUGGGGAUACUCGAUGUGAGCACAACAGUACUUUGAAGCCCCACAAACUUUUAAGCAGGUCUUAUUCCAGUAAUCUUAGGAUGGACGAAUUAGAUGGACUGAAGAACCACAAGUUGCUCAGCAAGACUUACUCCAGUGCCCCCAAGUCAUCUAAAAUGGAGCUAUUCAAGGAACCCACGAUAGCAGAGGGUCGUAGGCUCUCGCUUACCUCAGGGCUUAUUGGUAUCUUAACACCAUCUUCAUCCUCACCAUCACAAUCUGCUCUGCCAACUUAUGGUGCAAAAUCUGUUCCAGUAAGAGACCACGGUUUUCUUGUGCAGACAAUUGAGUUUGCUGAGCAGCGGAUACCAGUGUUGAAUGAAUACUGUGUUGUUUGUGAUGAACCACAUGUGUUCCAGAAUGGCCCUAUGUUGAGGCCAACUGUGUGUGAACGGGAGCUAUGUGUGUUUGCUUUCCAAACUCUUGGUGUGAUGAAUGAAGCUGCAGAUGAAAUAGCAACAGGGGCUCAGGUUGUAGAUUUAUUGGUAUCUAUGUGUCGAUCUGCAUUAGAGUCACCCAGGAAAGUUGUCAUUUUUGAGCCAUAUCCUUCUGUAGUUGAUCCUAAUGACUCUCAGAUGCUGGCCUUUAACCCCAGGAAGAAGAAUUAUGACAGAGUAAUGAAAGCACUGGAUAGUAUUACUUCUAUAAGAGAAAUGACGCAGGCACCUUAUUUAGAAAUCAAGAAGCAGAUGGACAAACAAGACCCACUUGCUCAUCCUCUUCUGCAAUGGGUUAUUUCAAGUAAUAGAUCGCAUAUUGUGAAGCUACCUGUGAAUCGGCAAUUGAAGUUUAUGCACACACCGCAUCAAUUUCUUCUGCUCAGCAGUCCACCAGCCAAAGAAUCCAAUUUCAGAGCUGCUAAAAAUCUCUAUGGAAGUACCUUUGCAUUUCAUGGGUCACACAUUGAAAAUUGGCAUUCAAUCCUGAGGAAUGGGCUAGUGGUUGCUUCCAACACAAGACUGCAGCUCCAUGGUGCAAUGUUUGGAAGUGGGAUCUAUCUUAGUCCAUUGUCAAGCAUAUCUUUCGGUUACUCAGGGAUGAACAAGAAACAGCAGAAGGUGUCAGCUAAGGAUGAGCCUGCUUCGGGCAGUAAAAACGGCAAUGUGUUACAGUCACAGAAAAAAGGUCAGCAGUCUCAAUUUUUGCAAAGCCGAAAUUUAAAAUGCAUAGCCUUAUGUGAAGUGAUAACUUCACCUGAUCUGCACAAACAUGGGGAAAUAUGGGUAGUUCCCAAUACUGAUCAUGUGUGUACAAGAUUCUUCUUUGUCUAUGAAGAUGGCCAAGUAGGUGAUACAAGUAUAAACACUCAAGAGCCAAGCAUUCAUAAAGAGAUCCUUCGGGUCAUUGGUAAUCAAACUGCUACUGGUUAAAAGGACCACUCUUUACUCCUUGAUGUGAUUUGGGAUCCUUCCUCAGUCUCAAAGCUGGAUUUUGAACUGAAGAAGAUUUGGAGGAAAAAACAAAACAAAAGGAAACUAAUUUAUUGUUAUUCUGAACAAGUUAACCCUUUGAAUACUUUUUUUCUAACUUAGCAUUUCUUAUCACAGAGGACAAAAAACACCUAAAAGGGACGUGAACAACCAACUGUAGAGAUGAAGAGUAUAUUGAUACCAUGCAGCUGACAGUAAAACAGAAAAUUUCGCUUGUUCACAAUAAACAGAAUUUGAAAAGGA